AUGCUCUUCCCUACUAUUAUGCUCUGCUUUUUCGCAGCUACUGGCACAGCCUGGGAUGCCCCCGAUAUUCCCGGGUUCCGAAUCAUGUGGCACGACAACUUCAACGGGCCAUCUGGGUAUCUACCAGAUCUUUCCAAAUGGAACAUUCAACAUGGGUACCAGGAUCUAAACGGAGAUCAUCAGGAGUACAGAGCUUCCCCUGAAAACGUCCAUGUCAUGGAUGGCAGCCUUCAUAUCCAUCCGUGGCGCGAUCCCACUGCUGCAAAGGGUUGGACAUCCGGUCGUAUCGAGAGCACGUACACCUUCACCCCUGCGCCCGGUGUCAAGACCAUUGUCCAAGCUGGCAUCAGUCUUGGUUUUGCCCCUAAUGGGAGGAAGUUUGGCAUCUGGCCUGCCUUCUGGUUGCUCGGUGACAGCCACCGCACUGGUGGUCCUAUAUGGCCUGCCUGUGGUGAGCUCGACAUUAUGGAGCACGUUAAUGGCGAGCAUGAGACUUAUGCCGCAAUUCAUUGUGACAAGUCACCUGGCGGUAUCUGCAAGGAGAAGAAGGGUAUCACCGGGUCGCACUAUCAUCCGAAUUCGGCUACGGGCUUAGCUACCUACAAAGUUGUCAUCGACCGCACACCAGCGAUGUGGCAGUAUGAGAGUGUAAGCUUCUACGUCGGAGAUGAGCUCUUUCAUACGAUCACGGGUGGGCAUAUCGGCAACCAGGAGGUCUGGAAGACCAUUGCGCAAAACAAGAUGUUCAUUAUUUUGAACGUCGCUGUUGGUGGUGAUUGGCCGGGACCACCUAGUCCCUUUACUGCAGAGGGCUCUCAGGUUGGUAUGCAAGUCGGAUAUGUUGCCCAUUAUGAGCAAGAGGCAUCAGCAGAUGAUACAGCCUAUGCGUCUUAUAACUAUCCUUACGGUAAUCCUCCAGAUGAAAUGGACUACCCCUACGACAAUAUCCCUCAAAUCCCACCGCCACCGCCCCCGGGUCCACCUCUACCUCCCGUUGCCGUGCCUCCCCCGGCUCCUAUGCCGCCUCCGCCUCCUGUCGGUGCACCUCCUCCGCCUCCUGUUGGUGCACCUCCUCCGCCUCCCGUUGGUCCUCCUGUUGGUGCACCUCCUCCAUCACCGCAUCCCGUUGGCGUGCCCCCUCAUAAAUAUCCCCGUAUCCCUCGAGUCCCGCAUCACCCGCAUCAACGUCCUUAUAACUAUCCCAAUCUCCCUCUAGGCCGGCCGCCCUAUCUCAGAGGCAUGUCCACGAAUGCCUCCAACCAAGACGUUGAACACACACAGGACUUGCAUUAA